AGGGCUUCCAGUCAUCCAGUGUGGAGGUUCUGCGUACUGAACCUUCAGCACAACAUGAAUUUGAAAAGAAUAUGGAGAGACUCUCUGACAUUCUUUCCUCAUGUCCUCCUCCUGAGCCUCAAAGAAGCUCUGCCUCAUCCUGGUCUUUUCGGCAGCAGAAAGCCUCAGAGCGCUGGAAAGAAGCGAGGCCACACCACCUACAAUGCCUUCUAGAAAAAGAGGCUGUUGGUCAUCCCCUGUGUGGCCUCUGCCACGAGCCGGCUGUUAUUAGGUGUAGAGAGUGUCUCCCCGAGGAGUGGUUCUGUGGAGACUGUGAUGUACUUCAUCACAAGAAACAGCCACUCCACAACAGGGACAGUUUAAUGAAUGGGUUUUUUAAACCAAUUAGUCCAACAACGUGUGUUGUUAGAGUGGAAGGUGGAUAUGACACCCAUGACCAAGCUUGCAUAUUGCCAACUGUGAAGGCACCCAACUGCUCCUGUAAAGGCAAAAACUUCACUGUGGUACCAGGCAAACCAGUGAUUUUAAUUACCAUCAAUGGGCGUUAUGACUUGCAUCUGCCACUAUAUGUCUGUCAAACUUGCCAGCAGCAGUGGACCCCCGACUUGAAAGUCCUCCUUAAGAGUGGAUACUGGCCAGCUUCGGUCAGUAUUUCCACACUUUACACCUUGGACCUCAUGAGCUCCUUUGAAGAGCUCAAGGUCAUCUCUCCGGGAUUCUCCAGACAGGCCUUUGCAAAGCUGCUGGAGCAUCGCACAAAGUGUGGAGGAAGAUCUGGACCUGUCAACGGAGAUGCACUGCAGCGCAGCUUUCUGGAGUUCUCCUAUGCCUCGUAUGAGGAAGACCAGCUCUGCUGUGGUGCUCCUUUCAUCUGCCCUGCCUGCACGCCGGAGAUGUUGGCUGUUUCUGCCGAUGGAAACAGGAAGCUCUAUCGCUUUCGGCGAAGUGGAAGUUCUGAUGGCAGCGCCUUUUUUAAUGGGCUCUUUGUAGCAGAAGACAGCGCGGUGGCUGCAUUUGUCGACAAAAUACAGAGAUCACUGAAAAAUACCCAGGGAAGAGGCACAUGUGGGGACUCCCAGUGGACAGCAGCGAGGGAGACGUCAAGGAGGGCUUCUAAGCUGGAUGAAGAAGGGAUGGAGGUGGCUGUAUGUCGCCAUGGGUUUCUUUUGAAGGCCUUAAAUAUGUACAGGGGGGAGAUAUUCGCCUACCCCCUGUAUCUUCAAAAGGAACUUGUGCCAGCCAAAGCCAAGUUCUUCGCCAUGGAUGUGGCUUGCAAGUACUGGCCGUACAUGGAGAAAGCUGCAAGUGUCCUUCCUGCUCUCCAGGAGCUGACCACCAUGAAGCCAUUCCUCAGUGUAAUGCAUGCUCGAGCCCAUGCUACCAAAUGCGAGAUUAUAUGGAGUGGGAAGAACCAGGAGGGAGCAGGGAUGACCGCCGGGGAAGAGGUGGAGCAGGUCAACAGCUACCUGUCCCGUUGUGCCCUGACAACCAAAUACAUGUCCAAAGCAGCACGACUGGACAUGCUCACAGUGCAUGCUAUGGGAUGGAACAGGAAAAAAGGUGACUCCCUUCAUCAGGCACUUUCCACAAGAUAUGUGAAGACUAGUAAGAGGCUCCUGGAAGAGACUGCAAGUCUUGAGGAACUCAAGACGCAGCUACAUUGUGUCUCAGAUGACAUGGUGUCGACGUGAAGGAAUGGGCAUCUGGAACAUCAGAAACAUCGGGUACUUCUGAAGACAUCCUUCAAACAGCACUGCAGCAAAGCAUUGAGGGGCUUUACCUAAGUGUGAGGCAGCGGAAGCAAUCCCAUUACAGACAGAAUGCUAACUUUACAGCCAAGAAAAAGAUACUGGAUCAAGUGAUGCUUACACGGAGACUGCAAGAGGAGAAAGGCAUCCUAUUGUUGGAGAUGGCGCAGCAUUGCACAUGGUUGCAGAACAUGGCAGUUGCUCUAAAAAAUAAGGUGGCUGAGGAAGAUGUAGACAAGGGGAAUGUAGGACUUGGGUGCACCCUAAGAAGGAAGCAUGCUGAGGCGUCGGAGAGGUUGCAGGUGGUACUGCAGCAGUACAAGACUGCUUUAGGUCCUGAUGCUUCUUUCCUUCAACAUGAAGAGGAAAGUCAAAGUGGCCUAAGCAGUCCAGACACCAGUGAGGAUGAAGAAGGAAACAUCAUUUAGAUUGCUGCUGCUCUCAAGCACGAAUAUCCGCCAAGACUUGAUGUGCUAUCAGAAAUGUAAAUACUUUACUGACUUUAUAUUUAGAGAUUGUAUUCAUACUCCUCAAUGGAAGAUCACCCUUGAAUAUGUUGACCAUAUGACUUUUCCCUAUGCCGCAGCAUCAGGCCAAACAUUUCACUUGUACACAACUUAAAUGUUAUUGAACAAAAUGCUCAGCGUCCCUGGAAUGCAUCCUGAGCAAUGAACCAUUCACUUUUGAUCCUUUUUGAAACACACAUGUCCAAGUAUAUCUUGCUGGUUACCAAACAACUUAGUGAGCACAUCAUUGUCCAAGAGCAGGAGGUCUUUCCCUUUUUUCCCAGAACGGGAUGCCUAUGCAUUAUUAUUUUCGAUCUCUUAUAGGAUUUACCUGUCAUUAACUUUAUAUGACUGCACCUGUUACACUGCAGGCCAAUAACAGCUUUGCUCUAAUUGUUCAUUUUUGUUUCUUUUGCGUUACUUGCUUUUAUUGCUUUGUCAGUUAUAUUUCCUUUUUGAUCUCCAGCUAUUAACCUGAUUGAUUGAAGUACUUCAAUCAACAUGUACAAUGCACAGUCUUUUAGGAUGUAUAAUUAGGGACAUUGAGAUAAACAACAAAUAGUUUAUUUGGUGAAUCACCUCAUUGUUGUUCUCAAAACCAAAUAAUACAUUGUUAUAAAUUGUUAUAUUUGAUUUACACAUAGAAUGUAUAUGUUUAAUAUACAUAGUUAAAUCCUAAAAAAAUGGUUGUGUUGUAUGAUUUCUUAAUACUGUAUGUUAUAACCUUUUGCAUAACUUGAUUUUAUGUUCUGUUGUCCAUGCUUUUCAUGUUAGACUAACCCCAACGCUCUAGAGUCAACAUACACCCUUAUGGUGGCCUUUUACUUGUAUUGUGGUGAAACACAUAAGUAAAUCAUUGCCAGAGAGGACCAUUUUAUUGUUUUAAAAACAAUGUUAUUGAUG